AUGGAGUCUACAGGAGAUGAAAUCUAUAAACUUUUGAGUCGCGGAAAUUUUAAGCAGGCGCUGCAAUUGGUAGCAAAACUGUCAACUCAGUAUCCAUCUGCAAGCUAUCCGAAGGUUUUGACUCAAUACGUCAAAUUCCGUCAGAACAAGCAGAAGUUUGACUUCUUUACUGGACUAGAGCCCCUUCUCAAGGCAAAAUCACCGCCGAGCGAUUCGCGGACCUUGAGUUUGUUACACACAUUUCUUUUGGAGCUCGGUCGCUUUGAUGAAGUUUUGAAUGUGUACGGUGCUGCCAUGCAGAAGUACCCAAAUUUUGAAACCGGCUCUAACUGGUUUUCAAGAGCCAUUGAAGAUAUGAACUUAAGGCAUAUGGUUCAGUCUUCUUUUCAACUACGUAGGCUCUCUAAUGACCUCCGCACACUACAAUUUUGGAACGCGAUGGCUUCCGUCGCACUCACAAAGCUUCACGGCGAGUCACUUUCAGAACGGGAACGAGAGCUAAAUGCAGCUUUGAGUUUCAAAUCUGUCUCUUCGCUCGCGCCUUUCCAAUCUGACCAAGAAACUAUUGUUUUUUGUCAUGUGUGCGAGCAGUUUGAUAACAAAUCGCGCGAAAUUGUGGACACGCUACUCCCCAGUUUCUUGAAAGGAGGCAAAGACUUCUCGGUUGACCUUUACCUUAAAAACUUCUUGAUUAAACAUCUGAAGGUUUUAAACGACAAUGAAAAUAUGUUCAAGUGCUGUAAGCUAUUGCUGGAAUACCUGGAUGAUUUUGAAAUAUUGUCCCACCUGGUGGCAAGCGCUAGAGCACUAAACGUUUCUAAAGAAGAAGUCAGGAAGCACUUGCAAGUCCGAGACUCUAGAAAUCAUCGCUUGGCACAUUUGGAGCUAGAUGUAAUUUAUUCACAAAGCAUCUCUGAUGAAACGCUUCGUUUCUACCUUGAACGCUACCACGAUAAGCCUUGCUGUGUUCCGGACCUGUCCUUUUACAGGAAGAGUAUUCCAGAUGGUUUAAUUGAGCGCGGCAUGACGCAGCUUCCCGAUAGCUUAAUGCACGAGUGCAACGCUAUAAAGCUAACACAAGCUACUAGCCCUGACCUCUUUUUGGAACUCUUCAAGAAGUACAAGCAAACGUUGCGCAAGAAACCAAAGACAGACUACUCUCCCUGUUCAAGCUUCGUUCUUAAAAUUGUGGAGUCCCUGAUCAAUGACAAAAACGUUAAUCUAUCUAAUGUUGUGACCAGUGUGCUCAUCUUAGAGAGUUACCAAGAUGAAGAUCCCCACAAUUUUGAUACACGCAUUUGGUUGGUUGUGCUGUAUAAUUACCUCGGCUGUCCCACCAUAGCGUACAAUCACUACAAGGAGCUACACGUCAAAAACCUUCAGAACGACACUUUGGAUCAUAUAGUGGCUUCUAGGUUCUCGUCAUUGUUACCAUUCAAAGACCAUCCUUUUGUUGAACAGCUGUCGAGUGGUGAUAAAGUUUAUGAAUCUUUGAUCAACCUUCCUCAAUUUAUCCGCAUUUCAUUUGAGAAAAAGAGCUAUAGUAAGAUUCUUGGCAUGCUGGAACUGAAUGAUAAGCUCAACAGGUCAUCGGCGAGAUGGAGCAAAAUUGGUGAACAGCUGCAACACGCACGUCUUUUUAACGAUAAACGCGGAGAGUUGUUGGCCAAGUUACAUGAAUCUUGGCGGCACUUUUGCUUGUACAACGUGAACGCAAGCGGUGAGAAAUGCGUAAAAUCUCUUCACCUAAGUGAUAACAGAGACUUUGCGGUUCUAGGCUCACUCCGUGACUCUUGCACAACAGUCACUGGGUACAUGGACCAGGAUGAGGGCGCAAUUUUAGCUGGAUGUCUCCAAGAAAUGAUGAUUGAGUUUUUCAGCAUGGGAGAACGCGACCCCACUAUCGACAAGCUGUUGGACAUCAGAAAUUACACUGCCAGCAUGACUGCGACCGAAAGAUGGGCCUUUGAAACAAUUCGUCUUUUGUACCAACAUUCCCCAGAUCAAGGCCAGGCAGCCCUCGCUGAGCAAAUCAAGGCAAUGCCUAAAUUGAGUUCACAAGGCUGGCUCCUUACUCACGACUACAACUGCCAACUAGUCACACUCAAAACCUUGGACAAUUUGAAGCGGAUUAAAAACCAGGAAUGCAAGAAAUCAAUUAAAACUCAAUUACGUGGUCUGAGAGAUUCAUGUAAGGACGUUUUUCAAAGCUAUAUCGCAGAAAUUUCCAGUUGCGAACCGAACACAGAAAUACUGAACGCUCUGGGAUACGCAGACGCAGAGCACCACAUUGCGAAGGGUGUUCUGGCUGUUCUAAAAAGCUCUUGUAACUUGUGA